AUGUUUCACUACGCCGCUACAAAUUCAGAGCUCAAAAAGGCUCUAACCGAACUGGAGAAAAUCCCCAUAACUCGGCAAAUCCAAGGAGCCAUUAAAUUUCAUCUGAAAGGUGUUAUUCCGGAUGCCGAGCUACACCUAUAUUCCUAUGAAAAUGCGGUCUCAAAAUAUUGGGUGGUCGUGAAGCCGCUGCUGGAUUUUUAUCAUAUCUACGCCGCUUCUCGUGGGACCGUUGAUGGAGAAGAGGUGGACAAAUUUGUAUCGCAGAUACUAGCGGCCGGACAUGGCAUCCAAGCCAUCUGCUCUGCCAAAAACGGAAAAGCCAUUGGGGUCCCGGAAAUUAUUUUUGUGUAUGAUAAGAUCCGAGAAGAAGAUUUGGAUAUUAUUUUGAGCGUUUGGCAAUUUGGUCUGGAAGCUACUAAAGAAUUGAUACGGUUACGCGCUAAAUAUUUACCUACCGUAGCAAUUCGUACAUAUUCUGGGAAAUUAGCUGCGUUUGCCAUGGCUAGGGAAGAGGGCUCUAUAAUCGGUGUCAACGUACUGCCGGAGUAUCGUGGAAAGAGAUUACGCGAUGCUCUUUUCGCAAAAAUCUCCCACGAAAUUUACGAGAAAUUUCAAAUUUUGCCAAUUUGGGGUACGGAGACGUACAAUGAUACGAUGAUCAGAUGGGCCCCGGAAGUCGCU